GUAUAUCUACGAAUGAUGUGAGUCCUUCUGUGGCUGAUAGAUCAUGUUUCAGCCCAAGAGAAAAAGCAAGAUGACAGUGUAAAGAAGGUUGACGAUGUUUUCAACAAGAAAUAGAGAAUUAACAACAGCUCCGUACUACUUCCCGCUAGUUCUUGAAAACCUUGGAAAAACAGAUAUCUCCUCCAUGUUCGAACUCGCAAGUAAGCCAUUGAGCUGAACCUUUAGCCGAUACUGUUAUUGUGUGUGGAACGAUGACUGGAGAUUACAACACCUUCUCAACUGAUACUUUUGCAUUGAAAAUGGAUUACCUUGGAAAAAUUCAGGCAAUGAAAUUCUACAGAACAGCCAUUGACAAUCCUACUGAAGUUAACUGCAACAAAGGGUCAUCUGGGUUCUUCAUGUUUCUUAAAUCGUCUGCAAAUCUAAUUGCUGCUCAAAUUGACAGCAAUUUGGAUGUAACGUACUCUUCGACCACCCCAGUGACUUCUACAUUUUUGUUGGCACACACCUCUUCAACUGAUAAACAUGCUGUGUACUUCUCAGAGACUAAUGGAGAUGUGUACAUGCUCUGCAUGAAUGGAAUUACAGAUACUGCUCCAAGUAGUCUCAACUUCAAAAACAAUGGGUCUCCUCUUACUCACUCAUCAAAUGUGCUUGAGACAGGAGCUUACCAGGUUGGCUUCAUGUCUGAUGGCCCGAGUGGCAAUACAAGGCAGCUUUAUUACAAAGUAAAGACAGAAGAUUGUAGCAAUGUCACCUAUGUUGAGAGAUACAAUUCUCUCCAAUACAUUCUCCAAGACCAUAGAUACCUUCAAUUAGUCAGUUUAUCAAAUGGGGAAAUGGCUGGGAACGGAUGGGAUCCAAGUGACUUAGUCACACCUAGUGGAGCCUUCUUCUUUACAAUAUUUGACCCCAAUGAUUUGACAACUGUUUAUAUGAGAUGGAAGUUAACCUAUUUUAAGCCAAUGGUUACGAACUCAAUACAUGUUGCUGGAGCUGAGAAUAUAUACACUGUUGGACAUGACAGUUCGAAAAUUUUGAUCUCAUUGUGAGUAUAUAAUGCAACAUCGCGUGAUGUAACAAUGAGUUUAUUCAAAAGCUUGGCUGAUGCAAAUCCAGGCUCUCUCAGCACUCUUCUUUACUCCAGUGGAUACUACUAUGCUUCAGUUGGAGGUACUGGAUUUGGUUCAGACAUUUCUCAUGAAAAUGCAGCAAUCUUAAAAUUUGGUCAAGCCUUGGUUAACCACCAGUCAUGAUACUCCUUCGCUUCAGAAACAAGUCUUGGUCUAUUCUCUACCCAAACUUUUACAACAACUACUCUGGAUCCAGCAGUCCAUUGAGAAGGCAACUUUACAGUGGUAGCAAUGACUUCUGUAACAAUCAUUGUCGAUGAUAAAUACACCACUUCUCCAUAUUAUUUUAAAGCUGAUGAAGCUAAGUUGGAAACGGCAGGAGUUAACAAUUGCUCUCUAGUUAUACCAUCUGUAACUAGUAAUAUAAUUGCUUCUGAUUAUACUUAUUACUCUACUACUGGCUCAUUCCAGUGGGGUAUUGCUACAGGCGACAGUCCUUCUAAUAUACCUUACACAAUCUCCUUGUUUACCAACGGUACUAACACAACUGUGCCUGUAAUAAUAACAGUCGACGACUUCACAUUCACAGCAGAUCAAAAAAUCAAAUAUCACAUAGACACCACUGCCUUAGGGAUCUGGUAUGAUACUCAAAUAACAUACGAGUUCAACUUCAAAGUGAUUGUAUGGGAUCUUCCUUUAGCAUCCACCGCAGAUCUUAUUUUCACCCGCACCAUCAAAAACGAUCCUAUCAUCACAACUCCUGUUACUAAUCUUUCUCUUCGCGCUGGAGAAUUCCACGAAGUGACUCUUGCCUUCCAGACAAACAAGUCUGUCACCAAUGCUGCAGGAGGCAUUUAUUAUGAAUGUCUUGAUAAGAUCACAAUGACUGCUUCAAGUAUUUGCACAGUAGAAACCUCUGGAAAAACAAUUCAGACCCUAAAUUUAGCAGAUGGAGGGACUACCAAGGAAUUUAUGAUGAGAGUUUAUUAUGAUCCUUCUACUCCUCGAGACUAUGAUUUUAAUGUGACCUUUGCUGCUAACACAGCCCCUUAUUUUUCCUCUACUCUUGCUCAGCAAUAUGUUAAUUGUGGGUACAGCAUCACUAUCACAAUUCCUUCAGGAGUUGAUGAUCAAGGUGAUUCUUUCUAUUAUGAUAGCCACGAUAUUCCUGCUCCAGCAUCUUCUUUUACCAAUACAUUUUCUAAUAAUAAUCCAACUUUGGAUGUAACUAAUAUUGGCUGAACAAAUGCAGGCGAUCAUAUCUACACUUGGAAAGUAGUUGAGAAUGGAACUAAUGCACAGAUUUUUACUACUCUCCCUUUCACACUUUCGGUCAACUACUUACCUAAAUUUAAUUUCACAUUCCCAAAUGUUGUAUACAGAAUCUAUGUAAAUGAGACUACAUUUGGAAGUCCUCUAUUUUGAGCUGAAGAUGGACCAGAUGGCAAUCCUAUAACUGUUAACCAUACAAUUUCUCCAUCACCCCCAAGCACAAUGCUGACUCUUUCAACAUCUUCUGAGUGUAUGUUUACUUUCAGUGCAAUAAACAACUCGUUUGCAGGAGUUUACACUGUGACACUUCAUGCUUAUGAUGCAUUGGCAACUGCAAGUCAGCAUAAUAGCGUCAGCUUUAUUUUGACACUUCAAGCAAAUCAAGCUCCAGCAAAUAUUACUACUAUGGCUGAUCAAGCUGUUUCCACUCCAAUUAACUCUGAUGCUGGAACUUACGUUGUUACUGUUACUGCUAGUGAUGGAAAAGUGGAUACAGCAAAUGGAACUUCAAAUUUUAAUGUAGUAUUUAAUGCAAACACUAAGCCUAUUGUAAAUCAAACACUCACUAAUAUCGUGUUUGUUGAAGGGAGAGCAAACACUCAUACUCAUGUAGUGAAUACAUUUAGCGAACCUAAUUCUGAAGCAAUGUCUAUAACAGGUUCAUUUACUCCAGUAGCUCCAUUCUUAAGCUAUAACAAUCUGACUCGAGUUAUUUCAGGGUCUCCUGCUUAUGCUGAUAUUGGAACUUACACAUUUACUCUGACAGCAGUUGACCCUUGGCCAGAUACUGGCUCAACCACACAAAGCAUGACAAUAACUAUCGAAGAAAGCUUACCCCCAGUUUCUUCAGAGACAUUUGUAAAUAUCUCCCAGUUUGCUCUAUCCCAAGUAUCAAUAGACUAUGAUGAAACACUUGUAACUGAUCCAAAUGGAGAUACUAUUUCUUUUGAUCUAACUCAUAACACUACCGGAUCAUGGGCCACAGUAAAUGCUCCUUUAAUGAAAUUAACAGGAACUCCUACAAACUCAGAUAUCGGAAAUUUCACUAUAAACUUCAGAGUUUAUGAUGCAUUUGGAAAGGAGACUACUUACACUAUGAAUCUAGAGAUUAUUUUUAAUAACGGACCGGUGUACACAGGACCAACUGCAUUAGAAUACGAUGGGUUUGGACUUCAUCCAUUUUCUCUGAAUUUAAGUACAAUAUUCAAUGAGCCUGAUGGACAAGAUCUAACUUGGACUUUGACAUCUGUUGGUGGAUAUCUAACUUGGCUAUCUGUAGACAACACUACUAAUAUACUAUCUGGCACUCCUAAUCAUCUAACCUUUGACUAUAACCAAUCUUUGGUUAUUAAUGCUUUUGAUCCAAAUGGUCAGACUGCAACUAAACAAAUGCACUUUAACAUAAAAUCCAAUACAUUUCCUUCUCUUUCUGGAGUUCCCUCUACUUCCAUAAACUGAUACGAAGGUGUCCAAUGAGACUAUGAUUUCAGCACAUACGCAGCGGAUGAAGCCGGAGAUACCAUUCAGUACAAUGAUACUUUCAGUAAUCCUGCCAUGGCCUGAAUGACCUUUGAUAAAGUUGCAGGUACUUUCUCAUGUAUGCCUACAGUUUCAGAUGUGUCUGCUACCGCAUAUUUAUUGCAUGUAUAUACUAACGACCAAUACAAAUCUAUCAAUGGAGAAACUAAUACAACGUUUUCUGUUUAUAUCAACCCUAACAGAUCUCCCCAGUUGAAUACAGCAUUUCCAAAUUUGACUCUUGUUGCAGGAGAAAGUAUAAAUUAUACAUUUGCAUCUGAUAUGUUUGUCGAUCUUGAUGGUGAACCAGUUACAUAUACAAAAUCAUACCCAUCGUCAGACCCUUCAAGCUGGCUAUCUUUUAAUGAUUCUACUCGCACUUUUAGUGGAUUUGCAGCUGUAAACUCUGCUGUUGGGACAUAUAUAAUUACUAUAUAUGCAGACGAUAAUAACACAAAUUCAGCAGCAAGAACUACCAACUUUACAAUCACAGUAACCCAGAACUAUAUUCCUCAACUAGAUCAAGGUUUACCAGCGGCUACAGCAGUGUCCGUAUUCUAUGAAUUCAGCUAUUCAGUUCCUACAGACGCUUUUAAAGAUAUUGAGAACGACCCUAUGACUAUCAGAGUAGAACUAGUCCCUCCAGAUUUUACAGUGACUUACACUCCUGGCGAUAGAACAGUCCGAGGUACCCUCACAGACAACACAAAGUAUGGAGAUUUCAUCUUAAAGUUCCAUGUUGAAGAUAACUGGAAUAUCUCGACGUUCACAGAAAAUUUACCUAUUCGAAUAGAUAAAAAUGAUCAGCCAAUUAUUAACUUUAAUGCUCCAGAUCCUUCAUGAAUCAUUGCUCACUAUGCGCUAGAUUACUCAGUUCCAAAAUCAUCUUACUCUGAUGAUGAGGGGGAAACUCUAUCAUACAGUCAUAGUGUGAAUGAUGUAAAAGGAGCAUGGAUUUCUCUGUCUGAGAAUACCACACAUCUCUUAUUUUCUGGGACCCCAGACAAUAGCCAGUUCGGAAAUUAUACCCUCACUAUAAUAAUUAGAGAUACUAACCCGAGUUUGAGCCCCAGUGAAGAUAAUGUGACUAUAUGAGUAAUAGAAAAUCAAGUUCCUUACUUAAGUGGAACUCCUACUUCUCCUUCCAAUGUUAUUGUAGGGUUCCCCUUCAUUUAUCAUUUUGAUCUGAGUUGGGUUAGUGAGCAUGAGAGUGAAGCCCUGACCCACCAGUGAUCUAUCACCCCAUCUCCUGGAUGGAUAACAUGCAGUCAAAAUGCAACACAUGUUUCAUUUACUGGGACUCCUAAUUCUAAUUCUUUUGUUGGACAGUAUGAACUAAGUAUUAACAAUAUUGAUCCUCAUGCCGAUGUUAAUAAUUACACUUGGACAAUGAAUUUUACAGUAAAUACAAAUCAUCCAACGAUAAUGAGUUCUGUAGAAAACAAAGAGUUAUUAGUUCCUGAUUCAUUGACAUGGAGCUAUGGAGCAGGAAUUGCUAGUGAUCCUGAAGGUCUUUCUUUCACUAACAUAAUAAAAUUAAAUGGCAGCACUACAAUUCCUUCAUGGCUAAUAAAUGAUCCUGAUACGUUUAGUUUCAGUAUUGCAUCAACAACUAAUUCUUAUGCAGGAGUGCACACAGUAACAUUAGCGACAGAUGAUGGAUUUAACACACCAACCGAAGCCAAUUUUACACUAACAAUAAAUGAGAAUCGUGGUCCCGUGAGGAACAAAGUUAUCGGUAACCCAUCAGUAGUCAACUAUAAUCUCUUACAUUUUGAAAUGGAUCCAGUAGAUGUAUUGUUCACAGACCCAGAUGGUAGAGCUAUGACAUCGAUGCUUAGACAAGCAGAUGAUGGUCCAAUCCCAUCUUUUUUGACCUUUAACAGCAUGAACAACACUCUGUAUGGCACACCAGAAAUCAUUCAUGUUGGAGUCUGGGAUCUAGAGUAUAUAGCUACCGACGACUUUGGUCAACAAGGAGUUAUUUCUUUCAAAGUAAUAGUAAAGCCUUGUUAUUUCAAAUGUAAUAACUGUACAACAGAGGAUUAUAAUCAAUGACAGGGAUGCUUUUCAGGGUAUUUCCUUCAAUAUGAACAAUGAAAAACAGAGUGAACUGGAGCAUAUUGGCCCAAUACUCUCACCAAUAAAUGUGAAGAGUGUCAUUCAUAUUGCUCUCUUUGUAAAGAUGGUACAAGUAUUAACUGCCAAACCUGAGCAGAAGGUUAUUUCUAUCUGGAUAAUGCUUGAUAUGAAACAUGUCCAGAUGGAUAUUACGGAGAUACUGUUCGUUGGACUUGAAACCCCUGACACGAAGCAUGCACUAAAUGCUUUGGCUCUGAAAGGACUGAAUGUACAGAAUGAGAUAGAACUUUGUUUUACUCUUUGACAGGAACAACUUGCAACAAAGUAACCUGAGUACCAAGUUAUUACCUCAACACUACUGAUUUAUCUUGCUACCCCUGUGGCACUGGCUGAGACAGAUGAGAAUAUCCUGAUGUUAACAAUUGCUUGGCUUGAGAUAGUGUUCACAAGAUGCUCAUUCCUGGUACAUGUACUCAUUGAAAUAAUGUAACAGGCUACUCUCUUAAUGAUUUUGGAGUUUGAAAAGAAAUCUGUGGAGAUGGCCUGUUUAUGGGGGAAUAUGAAUGAGACGAUGGUAACCUUGUGAACCUUGAUGGAUGCUCAAAUAACUGAGAAAUAGAAAUUGGAUAUAAAUGUAAUGGUACCACCUGAUAUGAAAUUAUAAACCCAACAGCAAUUCUUUCAAGAGUUAGCUCUGAAAAUACGUGCACAUUGACUUUCAGUGAACCAGUAAAAUUUAGUGAUUUUGGUGAUUUUAACAAAAGCUUAAAAGCAUACAUAAGAGGACCAAAGUCUCCCUACACUUUUAAAUAUUCCAUCGAUGAGCCUGAAGCUCUCAAGCAAGCUACAAACUUCACUUCAAUCCAAGUUAAAGUGCACCAAAUAUCAUCAAGGAUUGAAGGAGGAGGAAUUGAAAAGAUAGAGUUCUGGUUCCAGAAUCUCACUGCAGUGACUGAUGUUGUUGGAAAUAGUAUGACUGGAGGCAAGAUUUCGGGCAACCUUAAUUACUAUGAUUACAUUUCUCAAAAAGAAAAAGAACGAGCUGAAUCUGGAGGAAGUAGCAUGAAGUACAUGCUAAUGACUAUGUUCUCAACUAAUUUGUUGUUAAAAGUCAUAAUAUCAUCUUCUGCAGCACUGAUGUGGUCACUGAUCCAUGCUCUUCAAGUCUUUAGGUAUAUCCUCAUGAUCAAUAUUGAAAUGCCAAAGAUGGUAGAUAUCUUAAUGAAGUAUCUUGCUGUGGUUGUUGGAGAAAUUGAUGAACUUGAAUCCAUGGUCCCAGACUGGUUCUCUCAAUAUAUUGUUAAUGCGACUGAUCUCUCUGUCAACAUAACCUUGUAUAAUAGAUUCGAAGUCAACGGAUAUGACACUCCAUUUUUAGCACUGCUGUUCAGCCAACAGAUGACUAUUAUAUUCGGGUCGUUUAUAGUAUCUCUUCCAAUUGUUUAUUUUGGAAAGAAAUAUUUUAAGAAAAUUUCGUUUUUUAAAAGAAAAAUGGGUGAGAUUUGGACCAGCUUCUUUUGGAAUGCUCCCUUGAGAACAUUCACAGAGUUAUAUAUUGAGAUAUGCCUUGCUUUCUUCCUGAACACUCUUAAUAUUCAAUUUUUAUCUACAAGUGGGGUAAUUUGAACAUCAAUCAUGUUUGUUGUUGGUAUAUUUGUGCUAAUGUGGCCUUUCAUUCUACUCAACAUUAUCUCAACACCUCCAAAGAUUCUUAAAAAGCCAGAAUUUAAUGACAAGUAUGGAACCCUGACUGAAGACUUCAUGCUCUCAAGGACAAUGUAUCACAGAAGCUAUUACAUAAUUUUUUGAUUCCAAAGACUUCUAAUUGCAGGAAUAUUAGUCAUGAUGUACGAAAAGCCUCUUUUGCAAAUUUCCCUGUGCUUUGCAAUGCAACUUGCUUUGAUUGGAUAUCUCAUUAGAAUCCGGCCGUUCAAGAGUGAACUACAGCAAGUAAUCUGUGUAUCUGAUGAGUUCACCAUUGUCUUUGGUGUGAUAGUUCUAUACAACAUGUACAGAAAUCAAGCUAAUGUGGGUACAAACAAGAAACUUGCAUUCUUACUGAUUGGGGUGAUUCUAGCGAGUCUUCUCAAGAACUUAACUACAAUAAUCUAUAUAUCUAUAAAGAAUGGAUACCUAAAAUGCAGAAAUUCUAUCAGAAAGCGGAUCAAACAUGAUGAAAAGAAAAAGAAGCGCCUCAAGAAAGAAGCCCUCGAGAAAUUAGAAAAACUGAGAAAGCAAAGGGAGGAGCAAGAUUUAUUAGAAAAUGGGGCUAAUACUGGCACAAAGAAUUUUGAAGACCCAAACCAAUCAUUGAAAUCAAUUUCUUCUCAAAACAAUAAAUUAGAAGAAAGUAAGAGAAAUGUUUUUAUUUUUAAUAGAUUUAUCUCAAAAUUCAAGAUUACAAGUGCCAAAUAUUCAGCACAGAAAUAACAUAAAGAGCAUUCUUGAGCAAAAGAAGCUUGACGUAAUCAUUGAAGAAGAACCCAGUCCAACCUAUAUACCUAAAAUCACAGAAAAUCCCUCAAAAGAGGUUGAGGAAGUAAAGAAGGUUGCCUUAUACCCCAAACCUAAGGCACUGAGAAAAACUCGCUCUAAACCCCCUAUCCUUCCUUUAUUCUCUUCAAAUUUCAGCCCUUCUCAAAGCCCAAAUUCAAGGUAAAUUUCUUCUAAUUUCCCUAGUAAAUUUCCAAAUGUGUCAUCUAAUGCUGAAAAUCCAUCUCUGAAGAAGACCAAAGAAGCCCAUGAAGAUGACAAUACUAAGGAGAGUGGAUUAACCUCUGAGACUAGAAUGGCCAAUUACCCUUUUGGAAGCGGCUGAGACUAGCAGAUCUUAAUAUUGUUCAUUAACAACUAAUGACUCUUUAGUAAUAUUCUACUGUUCUUCUAUUUUGUGGGUUGUGAUUCCUUAGUGAUCAUAGAUUCUGGAUAGUGCGAUUUUAUGUGAAUUUAGGAUUAGAUU